AUGAAAGAAAACCCAUCUAUUAGUGUGACCAUUCUCUUAGCAUAUCUUAUUCUGGCCAUCGGUGGAAAGGAAGUAAAGUGUGUCGGACGAGAAGAUAAUGCUAGUGGGGUCCCAUUGAAUCAAAAAGUCAAUAAGACUAUUCUGGUUGACGGAGGAGAUGUUUAUGACUGCAUUGAUCUGAAUCUACAACCAGCCUUGAGCCAUCCACUAAUAAAAGACCACAAAAUCCAGGCAACUUUCCCGCUGAGUAUUUCUACCAAAUCUCCUUCGAUGGAUGUCAUCCCACAAGCCCAAUUGGCCUUGAUUGAGUGCCCUACAGGAACAAUUCCAAUAUUGCGCAACAACAGAAGGGUCCACAUGCCAGUAGAAACUAUUGAUAAAGUGAUUACCAAUGAAGAACAUGAGGUUGCAGGAGUAGAGUAUUUUGAUGUGCUAUAUGGAACGCGGGCUAAAAUAAAUAUCUAUAAUCCUAUGGUGAAGAAUAAUAGUAAGGAUCUAAGUGCAUCGUGGAUACAAAUUAAUAAGAUAAUAAAAGCAGGUGUUGCAGAUGGGAUAGGGGCCGGUUCUUUGGUAUAUCCAAGCUACAGUGGUGACAACCUUGCUAGGUUCCAUGUUGCUUGGGUUGAUGGAUUAAAGACUUGCCCUGAUCAUGAUUGUGGGGCUUUCGUGCAAGUUAGCUCAAGUGUUGGUCUAGGAGGAAGACUUAAACCAGUUUCUGUCUAUAAAGGACCACAAUACAUGAUAUAUGUUCCUAUUUUCAAGGAUCCAAUGACUAGACAUUGGUGGGUGGCUUAUGGUCCACAAAACAUACAUAUUGGAUAUUGGCCAAGGGAAAUUUUCCAUUUCAUGAAGGAUGAAUGUAAUUAUGCAUUAUGGGGUGGAUAUAUUCAAGGUCCGACGGUGUCAUCAGACUCUCCACAAAUGGGUAGUGGCCAUUUUGCUUCCGAAGGACUUGGCAAAGCAGCAUUUGUGAGAAAUAUCGAAAUUUUAAAUAAGGAAAACAAGUAUGUUAUUCCAGAUGACAGGAAAUUUGGGUAUGUCGCCACCAAUUUAUCCAAAUAUACUGCGAUGGGUUAUGUUGAUGGAUAUAGCCACUUUGGUGUGCAUACUUACUAUGGUGGACCUGGUGGUUUUGUUAACCGCAAAUCAUUGAUGGACGUUAACUGCAUUAUUGUUAAUUUGAUAGGUGCUGGAGCAGUUGAGCGGACAGUGACCGGUGUUCUCCAAGGCUACGAAGACUCUGAGUUUGUGGUGAUGGAAGCUGACACGGAGCCAAUCAAAAUCUCCCCCUCCCCCUGUUGCUCCCUGAUAAUAACAAGCCCCUCACCCAACUCGCUCAUGAUGCACGGCAACAACAACAGGAAGAUCAUGCUAGUCUGCAUCAUCAUGCACACCAUGGAGAUCAUCCACCUCCUCAACAACGCCAACCCCAUCCAGAUCAUCAUCGACGCCAUCAUUAACUGGUACUAG